AUGACUGGCUGUAGUGAUAAGGAUAGUUCUAUCUUCUUCGGACAGGACACUGUGAACAGGGUGUCAUUCCUACGUGAAGAUGCGGACUUUAUUGAAUUGGCUCUGAGAGAAGGCAGCUCAAAGAUUCUUGUUAUGAGCAAUGGCGCCCCAGCUGGGACGGUUGAAGGAGCAGAAUUGAUAUACGCUACGUUUAAGGAUUUCGAGGAGCUGUUAAACACAUGGAUUGUUAACAACAGAAGGGGUGUUGCAGCUGAUGAGGUCCGUGUUGCAUUUCUCGGCAUUGAUGAAUCGCAAGAUGGGAUUAAAUACAAGCAGUAUUCAGGCUUAGCAUUCUUUGCAGUUGAUUUGACAACCAACGAGCAUGCGUUGAACGAGUUCCUCAAGGCGAAGGAAGCAACACUGUAUAAAGAUAGAGGCACAAUCUUCCAUCUGGGUAACUUUGACGCUUCGAUGAUGAGCCAUGGGAAGAUGUACUUGGACUGGAUGAACCGUAUUAGAUUCUGUGCAGGCUGUGGUUCAAAAACGCUUGCUAUACACGCAGGCACUAAGAUGUUAUGCUCCUCCACAGAUGACCAGAACUGUCCUGUGAAGACCGCAACCGUGUCAAAUGUCUCAUUCCCAAGAACUGAUCCAGUGGUUAUCUCUGCUAUAGUUACAAGGGACCACAGUAAAGUGCUAUUGGGUCGCGGGGAGAGAUUCCCUGGUAACAUGUACAGCUGUAUAGCUGGAUUCCUAGAACCGUCUGAGACGAUUGAGGUUGCAUCCAUGAGAGAAGCAUGGGAGGAAACUGGUGUUAGAGGAACAGAGGUUCAAAUCAUCAAGAGUCAGCCUUGGCCUUAUCCCGCAAACUUGAUGAUUGGAUGUGUCAUUUAUGUGGAUCCAAAUGGUGUCAAUGAAGUUAUACAUCUGGGACAUGAUCCAGAAUUGGCCGAUGCUAAAUGGUUUAGUAUUGAAGAGAUCAAACACUUGGAAAAUGGUGGUACAGCAGAUUGGACAUUACCACCAAAACAGGCAAUUGCACGUAGCUUGAUCCAAUACGUCAUUGAACAGCACUCCAAAGCUACGAAAUAG